AUGCUCAGACUAUUCACCGGCGGAUGUUUCCUCUCUCUUCGGAGCUUCAGCUCCAGCAUUCAUUCCCAACUCCACAACUUGACCCCUGAAGUCACCGACCUUUUCAAAAAGGUUCGCUUGCUCUCCACCCUCGGCAACCUUAAAGAAGCACUCUCCUUCUUCUACAGCACACCACAGCUAAACCAGUCUCAACAAACCUAUGCCACACUCCUCCAUGCCUGUGCACGCCAUGGCUACCUUAAACAAGGCCAAUACUUACACCAACACAUGAUUUCCCAAAACCCCAACAACCCACAAGAUCUCUUUCUAACUAACCACCUUAUAAACAUGUAUGCAAAAUGCGGUGAUUUGGACUUUGCACGUCGACUGUUCGAUGAAAUGAAUAACAGAAAUGUGGUUUCUUGGACCGCGCUCAUUUCUGGGUAUGCCCAACAAGGGCGAAGUCACGAGUGCUUUUCCUUGUUUUCUGAUAUGUUGGUGGAUUGUUGUCCGAAUGAGUUUUCGUUUGCCAGCGUGAUUACUUCUUGUAAUUACGUUUGUGGCAAGCAAGUGCAUGCCCUCGCGUUGAAAAUGGGGUUGAUUGCUAGUGUUUAUGUAGGGAAUGCUCUUAUCACAAUGUACAGCAAGAGUUGUGAGGAUAAUGUUGUCGGUGAUGGUAGUGAGGCUUGUCGUGUUUUUGAGACAAUGGAGUUUCGUAAUCUGGUUUCUUGGAAUUCAAUGGUUGCCGGGUUUCAACAUUGGAAACUUGGGGGUCUAGCUAUUGGACUUUUUUGCCAAAUGCAUAGUCGUGGUGUGGAGUUUGAUGGUGCUACUUUGGUCAGUGUGUUUUCUUCCUUGAGUGAGAGUUAUGAUGGCGAUAAUGCUGAUGUGGGUCUUAAGGGUUGUGUUCAGUUGCACUGUGUAAGUAUCAAACAUGGGUUUAUGUCGAAAAUUGAAUUGGCAACUGCACUAGUGAAAGCUUAUUCGGAUCUUGGAGGGGAGGCUUCUGAUUGUUACAGGCUCUUCAUGGAGACAAGUAGUCGGGAUCUUGUUUUGUGGACUGGCAUUAUAACAGCAUUUGCUGACCGUGAACCAGAAGAAGCAAUCUUCCUCUUUCGUCAGUUGUACAGGGAGGGUUUAGCACCCGAUUGGUAUACCUUUUCAAUUGUGUUAAAAGCUUGUGCUGGUCUUGUGACUGAAAGGCAUGCUUUGGCAGUUUAUUCUCAAGUAGUUAAAGCUGGGUUUGAGGACGACAGAGUGCUUGCAAACACCUUGAUCCAUGCCUAUGCUAGGUGUGGCUCCAUUUCUUUUUCAAAGCAAGUUUUUUAUGAAAUGAGAUCUCGUGAUGUUGUUUCCUGGAACUCUAUGAUCAAGGCUUAUGCUCUACAUGGCCAAGCUAAAGAGGCAUUGCAUCUCUUCUCAGAAAUGAAUGUCAGACCUGACUCUGCAACGAUGGUCGCUCUCCUCACAGCAUGCAGCCACGCUGGACUAGUGGAAGAAGGAAUCAACAUCUUUGAUUCAAUGUCUCUGAAUCAUGGUGUUUUUCCACAACUUGAUCACUAUGCCUGCAUGGUGGAUAUUCUAGGUCGAGCUGGGCGUCUUUUGGAGGCAGAGGAUCUUAUAAGUAGAAUGCCAAUGGAGCCUGAUUCAGUGGUUUGGAGUGCGCUGCUUAGCUCAUGCAGGAAGCAUGGCGAGACUCAGUUUGCAAAAUUAGCUGCAGAUAAACUGAAAGAGUUGGAACCGGGAAAUUCGUUAGGCUAUGUACAGAUGUCAAACAUUUACUGCUCUGGAGGUAGUUAUAAUGAAGCAGGGCUGAUUAGGAAAGAAAUGAAGGGCUCUAGAGUAAGAAAAGAACCUGGUUUAAGCUGGAUGGAGAUUGAGAAUCGAGUACAUGAGUUUGCCUCUGGAGGCAAGCGUCAUCCUCAAAGAGAGGCCAUAUAUGCUAAACUUAAUUCAUUGAUUGGGCAGUUAAAGGAGAUAGGCUAUGUGCCAAAUACAAGCUUGGCCCUGCUAGACAUAGAGGAGGAGCAUAAACAAGAGCAGUUGUACCACCAUAGUGAGAAGCUGGCCCUGGUGUUUGCACUGAUGAAUGAAGGUAGUUUGCGUUUUGGUGGAGGCAUAAUAAGAAUCAUGAAGAACAUCCGAAUUUGUGUGGACUGUCACAACUUCAUGAAGUUAGCAUCAGAUCUUCUUCAAAAGGAGAUUGUGGUGAGAGACUCAAACCGUUUCCACCAGUUCAAAAAUAGGGUCUGCUCUUGCAAUGACUAUUGGUAA